UACCGUUUAAAUAUCGCUGUCUGGUAGUCUCGUUUUCACCAUCCUUGAAGGCAGACAUGGAGUACAUCAGGACAAUGCUUGUGAUGGUAGUGGUGUUGCUUCCUAUUAUCUCUGCCGCCAAGGUAGUGAAGCUAGACGGCUUUCCGUUUGGUGAAAUGGCGGCAGGUCCAGCAUCCCUGAUCAAUAUGAAAGACACAAUAAGUAAAAUGAUGAAAGCCAGGGAGACAAAGGAAAAGGACUUCAAACAAGGAAGUGAAAAACCCCUGAAAAGGAUGACCGAUCCAUAUUCAUAUUCAGGUCCAGCAUCCCUUAUCAAUAUGAAAGACACAAUUAGUGAAAUGAUGAAAGCCAGGGAGACAACGGAAAAGGACUUCAAACAAGGAAGUGAAAAACCCCUGAAAAGGAUGACCGAUCCAUAUUCAUAUUCAGGUCCAGCAUUCCUUAUCAAUAUGAAAGACACAAUUAGUAAAAUGAUGAAAGCCAGGGAGACAAAGGAAAAGGACUUCAAACAAGGAAGUGAAAAACCCCUGAAAAGGAUGACCGAUCCAUAUUCAUAUUCAGGUCCAGCAUCCCUCAUCAAUAUGAAAGACACAAUAAGUAAAAUGAUGAAAGCCAGGGAAACCAAGGAAAAGGACUUCAAACAAGGAAGUGAAAAACCCCUGAAAAGGAUGACCGAUCCAUAUUCAUAUUCAGGUCCAGCAUCCCUUAUGAGUAUGAAAGACACAAUUAGUAAAAUGAUGAAAGCCAGGGAAACUAAGGAAAAGGACUUCAAACAAGGAAGUGAAAAACCCCUGAAAAGGAUGACCGAUCCAUAUUCAUAUUCAGGUCCAGCAUCCCUUAUCAAUAUGAAAGACACAAUAAGUAAAAUGAUGAAAGCCAGGGAAACCAAGGAAAAGGACUUCAAACAAGGAAGUGAAAAAGCCCUGAAAAGGAUGACCGAUCCAUAUUCAUAUUCAGGGUGUCAUGACACUCAUGUUCAUUGUGAAUCCUGGGCGUUCUCUGGAGAAUGCACCAAUAACCCAGUUUAUAUGCUAGAAAACUGUCCGUAUUCCUGUGGUAUGCCUUGUAUCUCAAGCUGCUACGACACAGACACACAUUGUCGAGAAUGGGCGAACCAAGGAGAAUGUUUUAUUAACCCUGAAUACAUGAUUCCACACUGUCAGGAAUCGUGUGGUGCAUGUUUGUACUACAAACGUGACGUCACCAAGAGCCUCGAUCAUGUGUCUCCCGGCACCAAAGCUGACUCCGUGAAAAAACUCAGUAAUGAGGAAAAACUGAAGCGUGCUCUUAACUUUGGAAAUUUGUUCAGUGGAAGAGAAACAUCGUUUCAUGCAGCAGGUUUGAACUUCAAACGUGACGUCACCAAGAGCCUCGAUCAUGGGUCUCCUGGCACCAAAGCUGACUCCGUGAAAAAACUCAGUAAUGAGGAAAAGCUGAAGCGUGCUCUUAACUUUGGAAAUUUGUUCAAUGGAAGAGAAACAUGGUUUCAUGCAGCAGGUUUGAACUUCAAACGUGACGUCACCAAGAGCCUCGAUCACGGGUCUCCUGGCACCAAAGCUGACUCCGUGAAAAAACUCAGUAAUGAGGAAAAACUGAAGCGUGCUCUUAACUUUGGAAAUUUGUUCAGUGGAAGAGAAACAUGGUUUCAUGCAGCAGGAAAGAAUGGGCCACCGGGAACUCGUUAAACCGAAAUGAAGUGAAAAUCUGUAUUCUGAGGUGAGACAGGACGACAUAAACAUGGAUAAGGUGAAGAGGACGGAAAGACACGAGCGCGGAACGGACGUACACCUUUUUGAUAACACAUUGUUAUGAUAUUAUGAGUCAAUAAAUAACAUAGCUCACGAA